AUGUCGAACUUGCAGGGAGCGUCGCGUCAAAUGCGACAACGGGCGGCCCUCAUGCCACUCAUGCUGCACCCUGAAAUUAGCCUGCGUGUACCCCGACGACAGAUCUUCUGCAAGCCCCAAGUUAGUGCGAACUACCCGGGCCAUGUACAUCGUGGAAACUUGAGUGACGGGACUGGUCAUUUAACAUCAAAUCGCCUCUGCGCCGGCGUUGAGAGACUUCUUUUCUGGCCCAAAGUCAUUGAAUUUCUCGGAGAGCCAGUCGUGGAGAAAUCUUUUGUCCUCGAGUGUAAUUUGGAUACAGCGGGUCUUGCGCCAGAUGGACAGUCUUCGAAGUAUGGAAUCCGCGAAGACGACUUCAUUACACUAUGCCGAAACUUCUUAGACUAUGUGCAUGUGCGCAAUCCCCUCCUCGAACCGAGCGAACUUGAGCAGCAUGCCAAAGAAUUAGCAGAAUCCGGCCUGAAAUGGGACGCCAAGUCUUGUCUUGUGCUCCUGGCAUGUGCGCUUGGCUGUUUCGCUUCUGAAUAUUCUCCAAAAAGAGCUGACGCGCUGGAUGAAAGUCCACCAAGAGAUGAUGCAUCCUACACCCGAGCAGAAGCAUAUUACGAGGCAGCAUGCAAGCGUAUCGGCUAUUUAGGUACAACACUGAUGGAUAUCCAAUGUCUUUAUCUGGCAGGAAUAUACAAGAAGCAUACGCUACGAAUUCUUGACGCCUGGUUCCUGACUGAACAGGCCUGCUCUCGACUGCAUGCAUAUCUGCUUUGUCAACGAAGGCCAACCGGACCUUAUGAGCAGAGUGAUUAUCGUCUGGAACAACGUCUUUACUGGUCCUGCAUUAAGGCUGAAAGCGAGUUCUUGAACGAGAUCCCGCUCAUUCGAAGUGCCCUUAUUUCGCUUGACUACCCGGACCUAUUUCCCUCGCCCCCAACACUACCAUGCGCCGAAUCUCCCAAUAUCGAUAGCCGGGAUGUCUUGUUCAACAAAAACCAAGAGCAAAGCUGGCUAUACUACCUCGCCGAGAUUGCAUUGCGAAGGACACUGGACCAAGCGAUGCCUCUUAUAUACUCACCACAAGGUCCAGCAGUAUGGAUGGAGAACAUCAACCUCAUUCUCCAAAGAUCUUCACAGUUCGACGAACAGUUGACUGCAUGGUAUAACCAUCUACCCCCUACAAUACGACCGUCCGUAGACACCGAGAUUACGUCUAAUGACCAGCUGUCUUUCUUUCUGCUAGGCCGGUUCUUGGGUAGCAGAGAGGCGAUUCUUCGGCCAUUCUUUUAUUACACCCUUCACCACAACGGAGGCCCCGUCAGCCAAGCAGUCCUUUCACGUGCUAAUGAGUACGUAGAUCUGACAAGAGGAUUGAUUAUUCAUCUCCAGAAGCACAGGCGACAUGGCGGUAUCUGGUAUGUGCUCCGCGGGAUAUGGGGCCUGGCUAUGAUUAUCUUGACGAUCGUGCAUGUGGAAAUGCCCAGUUUAUCUCCUCCAGCCGAUUGGUGGGAGCUAAUACGGAUUUCCCUGCAAAUGCUACGCACUUGGAGCGUUGAAGCGGCGGAUGUUCGGCAGAUGUAUGAUAUUUUGGUCUGUGCAUAUCGGGCUGUGUGUCUUGAGGUUGGGGAAUCUGUGGAGCUUGCGGACUGA